GUUCAUAAAUAGCGGGUAAAUGAAGUUUUAAUGCAUUGAAAAAUCACCAAACCAUGGUGUACUUAGCCAGAUUCAAAUUCUUGUAUUCAAACUCAAGCUGUAAACUGAGAAAAUCUGAACUCUGUAGAGUUUGGAUUUCUCGUCUGUCAACCUUUUCCAAAUCAUCUAAACCUUCUCAAACUAAAAAUGCCCAGCAUCACCCUCCAAAGGGCCAAACAGAGAAAAUUUCUUCCCUUUUUAACGAAAUAACUGAAAUUUUAGGGGCUGAUAAUGUUGUGCCAGAUGAAACCCCAUUUGGGCUUUCGAUAUCACGAGAAACGGAGGAGAAAGCAAGCAGGGUUAGCGAAAAUUUUGAUUCUUGCUUACCAAGUGUUUGUGGAAAUGCCCAAGAGGAGAAAUUUUCGGUAUUGGGAGAUACCCAGAUGGGGAAUUUGAGUGAAAUUGAUGUCAGUCCUGUGGUUCAUGAGAUAACAGAGAUUGUUAGGGCUGAAAAGUGUGUUGUUUCGCUGGAGGAGAGGUUGGGGAAUUUGGGUUUUCGGUUUGAUCCUAAGGUUGUUGAGAAGGUUUUGAAACGAUGCUUUAAAGUGCCGAAUUUGGCUUUAAGGUUUUUCAAUUGGGUGACGGUAAGAGAAGGGUUUCAUCAUACGAGUGAGAUUUAUAAUACCAUGUUGUCGAUAGCUGGUGAAGCGAAAGAGUUUGGGCUGAUGGAGGAGUUGGUGAAAGAAAUGGAGAUGAACUCGUGUGAGAAGAGUAUCAAGACUUGGACAAUUCUUGUAUCGCAGUAUGGAAAGGCGAAGCUGAUAGGGAAAGCUUUAUUAGUCUUUGAUAAUAUGAAGAAAUGCGGCUUUGAACCUGAUGUGUCAGCUUACAAGAUAAUGAUACGAUCGCUUUGUAAUGCCGGAAAAGGGGACAUAGCUUUGGAGUUCUAUAAAGAGGUGGCACAGAAGGAGAUGCUGCUCGAUUUGAAUUUGUACAAGAUGGUAAUGAAUUGUGCAGCAAGAUUGGGCGAUGUUGAUGUAGUCCACUCUGUUGCCAAUGAUAUGAUAAAAAUCUCUCAGAUUCCGGAGCAUGAUGUUUAUGUUCAUAUGCUGAAGAGUUUUUGCGCCUCUGGGAGAAUUAAGGAAGCUUUAGAAUUGAUUCAGGACCUCAAGAGUAAGGAGGUAUCAAUUGACGACGACUAUUUCAAGACUUUGGUGGAAGGACUGUGUAGGGCUGGUAGGAUUUCAGAUGCUUUGGAGAUCGUCGACAUUAUGAAGAAAAGAGAUUUGGUUGAUGGGAAGGUCUACGGGUUCAUUAUUAGUGGACACUUGAGGAAAAAUGAUCUUUCUAAAGCUCUCGUUCUGUUUCAAGAAAUGAAAGAAUCUGAUUAUCUGCCUCUGGCUUCUACCUAUACAGAGCUAAUGCAAUGCCUCUUCAAGUUAAAUGAGUAUCAGAAAGGCUGUGAACUAUACGAUGAGAUGCUGCAGGGAGGAGUCCAGCCAGAUAGUGUGGCAAUCACCGCUAUGGUUGCAGGUCAUGUUCGCCAAAAUCAUAUAUCCGAAGCUUGGAAAGCGUUCGAGAGCAUGAAAGAUUACGGUAUCAGAACCACUUGGAAAUCUUAUUCAGUGUUUAUCAAGGAGCUUUGUAGAGUUUCCAGGACCGAUGAGAUUUUUAAGGUUUUGAAUAAAAUGCAGGAUUCCAAAAUAGCAAUUGGGGAUGAAAUAUUUCAUUGGGUUAUAUCUUGUAUGGAGAGAAGGGGAGAGAUGGAUAAUGUCGAAAAAGUCAAGCAGCUCCAAAGAAUCUCUAAACUUCACUCUCAAGGUGAAUUCUCUAGUAAUGAAACUUGCAGGAGACAAGAACUCCACGUGGAGUUGAACCAUAACCAAAUAGAGCAAGAGAAGAUGAAUUCUGUCUUGGUGAAGCCACCUUCAAAGGCUUACGGUGAGCAGGAUUUGAAAGAAAUUUGUAAGAUCUUAUCAUCCUCCACGAACUGGUGCUUCGUUCAAGAAGCUUUAGAGAAAUGCGCUGUCCAGUUUACACCAGAACUUAUUCUGGAGAUUUUGCGCAAAUGUGAAACGAAUGGUAACACAGCUCUGCAAUUUUUCUCAUGGGUAGGUAAACAAGCUGGUUAUCACCACAGUACAGAAACUUACAACUUGGCGAUCAAGAUUGCAGGACGUGGGAAAGAUUUUAAGCACAUGAGGAACCUCUUUUUCGAGAUGAGAAGAAAACGUUACAUAAUCUCGCCAGAUACAUGGACAAUCAUGAUAAUGCAAUAUGGUCGAGCAGGUCUAACAGAGAUUGCUCUGAGGGUUUUUGGGGAGAUGAAAGGUAAUGGCUGCAAUCCAACAGGUAGUACCUACAAGUAUUUAGUCAUAUUGCUUUGUGGGAGAAAAGGUAGGAAGGUAGAUGACGCUGUAAAAAUAUUUCAGGAGAUGAUUCAUGCAGGAUAUAUCCCAGAUAAGGAAUUGAUUGAAACAUACCUUGGUUGUUUAAGUGAAGUAAGUAAGCUGCAGGCAGCUAGAAGUUGCAUCGAUUCACUCUGCAAAGUUGGUUUCACUCGCCCUCUAAGUUACUCCUUGUAUGUUCGAGCUCUUUGUCGAGCAGGAAGAUUGGAAGAAGCCUUAGCAUUGCUUGAUGAGGUUGAAGAAGAUCGACCUAAACUGGAUCAGUACAUCUAUGGCAGCGUUGUUCAUGGACUAUUGCGAAGGGGACAAACAGAAGAGGCAUUGGCAAAGGUGGAGUCGAUGAAGCAGGUAGGCGUUUAUCCAACUGUCCAUGUUUAUACAUCCUUAAUAGUCCAUUUUUUCAAAGAAAAACAAAUAGAAAGAGCUUUAGAAACUUUUGCCGAAAUGCAAGAACAGGGUUGUGAGCCAACAGUCGUCACUUAUUCUGCAUUGAUUCGAGGAUACGUGAACGUGGGUAAGGUUAUUGAAGCUUGGAAUGUCUUUAACCAUAUGAAAACGAAAGGACCUUACCCUGAUUUUAAGACUUAUUCGAUGUUCAUAAGUUGUCUGUGUAAGGUAGGGAAAUCUGAAAAAGCCCUGCAGCUUAUAUCAGAAAUGUUAGACAGUGGAAUUGUUCCUAGUAAUAUUAAUUUUCGAACAAUAUUUUUCGGGCUUAACAGGGAGGGUAAGCAAGAUUUAGCUCGUUCUGUAUUACACAAAAAGUCUGCUUUAAUACGUAGCCGAAAGUUCUUAAACUGAAUUGUGUUUGUUUGGGAUAAUAUUU